AUGUUUCUGAGAACGCUUAUCCCAGUCGGAAUUGCAUUAUUAGUUGGCGUAUGCAUUAUUCACACUGUAUCUGUUAAUCUCGACACUACAGAAGCAGGGUUCAUCGACACUCAGUCCAAGGCUAAUCCAUCUGUGAUUCGCUAUGUUAAAAACUCGGAAAUCUGCGAAACAACUCCAAAUGUUACACAGAUUUCAGGGUACAUUGACGUUGGGACGAACAUGUCCAUGUGGUUCUGGUUCUUCGAGUCUAGAAACUCACCCGAAACAGCCCCAUUUACUCUAUGGUUGAAUGGUGGUCCUGGAUGUUCUUCUAUGAUCGGAUUGUUUCAAGAGAACGGGCCAUGCUUAGUGAAUGCCGACCGUAAUUCAACCACUCUUAACCCCUACAGCUGGAAUAAUCUCAGCAACAUGAUCUAUAUCGACCAGCCAAUUGGGACUGGAUUCUCCUAUGGUAAUACUGAUACGGUGAAUAGCACCAAAGCCGCUGCACCCUAUGUAUGGACUGCAUUCCAGGUUUUAUUUGAGAGCCAGCUAUUUUCGAAGUAUGCCAGUCGAGAAUUCAUCUUUGCCACAGAAAGCUACGGCGGUCACUAUGGACCCAGUUUUGUGACCUACUUCGAAGAGCAAAAUAGGUUAAUCGCUAGUGGGGGGAUCGAUGCCAUUCCAAUUGUGGUUAAAGCUCUGAUGAUUAACAAUGGCUGGUUUGAUCCACUCAUUCAGAACAUCGCAUGGUUGAACUUUGCGACCUAUGCUCCAGGUUAUGGACAGCUCCAGCCAGAUGAAGUACUCAAGGACAUGUCAAAUGCUCUUUAUGGCUCUAACGGUUGCGUAGCACAAGAGAAAGCCUGUUACACAGCUGGAAAUUCCACCAGCUCAAACAGGAUUUGUCAGGAUGCUGAUGAUUACUGCAUUGAUAAUCUUUACUAUCCUGCUGUGGAGGGUUACGACCAGCAUGAUUUGCGUCAAAAAUUAUCUAUUUUAUCCCCCCCUGAAUAUUAUGUGGAUUAUUUACGCGAGAAGCAUGUCAUGGAGAAGAUUGGUGCUGAGGUUAAAUAUGAGGAAUGCGCAAACGCACCUAUGGAGCAGUUUGCAAAGACAGGCGAUGCAAGUUUUUGUCCAACUUUUUCCCCCUCGAGUGUUGAAUUUACGAUCCUGUUAAAGGACGCUAGGACUUGGCUGCCCCAGCUGUCGGCUCUGGCCAACUCUGGGAUGAAGAUUUUGAUUUGGGCUGGAGAUGCUGAUAUUAACUGCAACUGGCUUGGGAGUCACGCGUCAGUCCUAGCAAUGGAUUGGUAUGGCAAUGAGACACUCCAUAUCACCCCAUUCACCAAUAUGACAAUCAACGGCAUACCUGUUGCAGCCGUGCAGAAUGUUGACAACUUCUCCUUUGCGCGGGUGUACGCUGCGGGACACCUAGUGCCUGCUUUCCAGCCCCAAGUAGCAUUGGAGAUUUUCUCGCAGGUUAUUCAGAAGGAACAACUUCACUCAGUCUAAAGAGUGAACUUAAGUAACAGACACUGGCAUCGUGCUGAUGUAUCCUUGGCGUGUUGUAGGGGGGGGAGAUGCUUCUCCUCAGGCCCUCGAACUUCCCGAUCUACCUCAAGGAUGCGGCAUGCCCAUCACGAGCAGCCGCUUCAGACGCGCCGAAGUUGCAGAGACUAUAUACAAUGAUUGGUAUGACUAUUUUGACGUCUAGAUAAAGUUAUUUACUUUGUAUCGUGUAAUCACGAUUCUAGCACUUUGCAGUCCCCGACUUUCCACGAAACUUGUACUAAAAGAUAGUACUCGACGGUUUUCUUACACCGAUGCUUGCUAUUCCGAAAAUUUGUCUACUUUGUCUGCACCUGGUCUACGUGUUGGUACUAAAAGAUUGGACGUGUGAAAUAAGG